GCUGAAGGGGACCAGUUAUCUCCAGAACACACCGUCAGCCAGUAUGAAACAUGCAAGAUCAGGACGAUAAAAGCUGGAACUUUGGAGAAACUUGUGGAGAACCUUCUGACAGCUUUUGGGGACAAUGAUUCUACCUACGUCAGUAUCUUUCUGUCAACAUACAGGGCCUUUGCUUCUACUAAGCAAGUACUGGAUCUUCUCCUUGACAGGUAUGGAAACCUGGAGAUCUCAGGCUGUGGAGAAGGUGAAAUCCAGAAUUCCUCCGAAUCCAGACCAGAACUCAGGACUGCAGUAGCAUCAAUCUUACGGGCCUGGCUUGAUCAGUGCUCUGAGGAUUUCCACGAGACUCCCGACUACAUGUGCUUGCAGAAGGUGCUGGAUUACCUGAAGAAGAACAUACCCGGCUCUGACCCGGAGAGGAGGGCACAGAACCUCCUGGAGCAGCUCCAGACCCAAGAAGUGGAAUUGGACAGUGGGCUGGAUACCACUUUCCUCGGUCAGCUCUGUGAGGAAGGGGAACUGGCCAUCAGCACUGCAGAAGAAUUCUCUUUUUUUGAAGAAGUCCUUGUGGCAGAACAGUUGACAUACAUGGAUGCGGAACUCUUCAAGAAAGUUGUGCCCUACCACUGCUUGGGAUCCAUCUGGUCCCAAAGAGAUAAGGAAGAAAACAAGCACCUGGCACCUACCGUCAGAGCCACCAUCUCUCAGUUCAAUGCCGUUACCAAAUGUGUUGUCGUCACUGUCCUGAAGAAAGAAUGCAAAGCUCAGCAAAGGUCCAAGAUCCUUGAGAAGUGGAUCAAUAUUGCACAUGAAUGCAGGAUCCUGAAGAAUUUUUCCUCCUUGCGGGCCAUCAUCUCAGCUCUGCAGUCCAACCCCAUCUAUCGGCUGAAGAAGACCUGGAUGUGCCUUCCAAAGGACACAAUGCUGAUAUUCGAAGAGCUGUCUGAUAUCUUCUCAGAGCAUGACAAUUAUUUGACAAGCAGGGAGCUGCUGAUGAAGGAAGGUACAUCCAAAUUUGCGAAUCUGGACAGCAGUGUGAAAGAAAAUCAGAAAAGGACCCAGAGACAACUGCAAACUCAAAAAGAUAUGGGAGUAAUGCAAGGCACGGUACCUUAUCUUGGUACCUUCCUGACUGAUCUCAUUAUGCUUCACACAGCCCAUCAGGACUAUAUCGAGGGCGGCCUGAUAAAUUUUGAGAAGAGGCGAAAG